CUGUCGUCACCGACUCUCGCUCCAAGCCUGAGGGUCAGCUCUCCCCGCUCCUCUGGGUUUUCGGUGGCUCCGCGCAGUUGUUUCUCAGGAACGGGGAACCACUAACUGAGAGUCGGAGGUGAAAGGGCCUUAAAGGGACUAAUCCUGUCCCUUCGGAUGAAGAUAUGGAAGACCAAGGAAAGAAAGAGACUGGCCCAGGGUCACAGGAUAGUGACACUGUUGGCCCAAGCACUUUCCACCAAAACAAAUGUGGGGAAAACACAAGGACACUCUCUUGUUUCCAACAAGAAAAGAGGAAAAGAGGCUGCUAGGAGGGAUUCUGAAGAGGGGAGGAGUGAGGAGGAGGAAGAGGCUGCAGGAACUGUCUCACAUAUAUGCACGCACUCACACAUAUGCACACAUGCACACACAUUCUCAGGCAUACACCCGUGUUCUCUGUGAUCCCAGUUCCAGCCUCCAGUGCUCUUGGGAGGGGCUGCCCUGUGGUUCUGGCUGUAGCCCUCCUGUCUGGCUGCCUCGUUUCUCCUCUCCCUCCCAGAGCCCAACUGCUGUCAUUUUGUGCCCUGCCAAGGAGGAGGGAACUGCAGUGACAGCAGGAGUGAGAGGCAAGACAGAAUCUUGGGGCACAGAGAGGUAUGGAGAGGGAGAUGCCAAGACCAGGUGACAGUGAGUCCCAGAGAGAGAGCUGAGAGGCAGGGUGUGGGGUGGUUAGAGCCUAGGGGAGAGAAGGGCAAACCAAGGAACAGAAAGAGAAGGCUUGUGGGUCACAGAGCCACUCAGCCAUGCUGGGAGCAAAGCGACACUGGCCACCAGGUCCCUUACUCAGCCCCAGGCUGCCCUUGGCCCUGACACUUCUGGCCCUGAGGGCCGGGUGGGCCCAGGAAGGGACAGAGCCAGUUCUCCUGGAAGGUGAAUGCCUGGUGGUCUGUGAGCCUGGCCGAGCUGCUGCAGGGGGGGCCGGGGGAGCAGCCCUGGGGGAGGCGCCCCCUGGAAGAGUAGCAUUUGCUGCAGUCCGAAGCCACCACCAUGAGCCAUCAGGAGAGAUUGGCAACGGCACCAGUGGGGCCAUCUACUUCGACCAGGUCCUGGUGAACGAGGGCGGUGGCUUUGACCGGGCCUCGGGCUCCUUCGUGGCCCCUGUCCGGGGUGUCUACAGCUUCCGGUUCCAUGUGGUGAAGGUGUACAACCGCCAAACCGUUCAGGUGAGCCUGAUGCUGAACACAUGGCCUGUCAUCUCAGCCUUUGCCAAUGACCCUGACGUGACCCGGGAGGCAGCCACCAGCUCUGUGCUCCUGCCCCUGGACCCUGGGGACCGGGUAUCUCUGCGCCUGCGUCGAGGGAACCUGCUGGGUGGCUGGAAAUACUCCAGCUUCUCUGGUUUCCUCAUUUUCCCACUCUGAGGACUCUAGCCUUUCAAGGAUGGUAAUCUAGGCCCUGACUUCUGUCCUCUGCCCUCUCCUGCCCCAGAAGCAGCACCUUUAGUGUGGGAGAGGGGAUCCCUCUGGCUGCCUAUAUUCCACCUCCUUGCAUGGGACCCUGUGCCAUACAUCCAAGAUGAAGAGUAGAGCUGUGGUGUCUCGGGACCUGCCCCUCUUACUCCACCCCCACAAUUGCCUCCCAGCCUCCCACUGCAUCUCCUUCUGCCAGCUGCCCUAGGGUCAGGGCAGGGUUUGGCAGGUAGGGAGGCAGGGGCUACUUUGCAGACUCUGCUCCUCCUGCCCCCAUCCCCAACUCAAGCUUCCUGCUCAGUGCUAUUUGGGAACAGGUGGUACAGGUGAGCCUGACAGGCACCUACAGGGGACCAGAUGGACCAGCCUCAGUGUGCUCUGCAGGCUCAUUCCUGUGAGGAGUGCCAGCAUCACAGAUCUCAGCCAGCACAGUCAGAAGCUGAGCCAGCAGUGUGUGGGCUGGGACGGGAGGUUCAACCAGUAGAAGGAGUGUGGGGUGGUCCACAGAGCAGCCCGGAGCCUGUGGCUGGGGCAGCAAGAAGGGGACAUGCGCCCAGCCCAAACACAGUACAUAUUUUUCAUGUACCUUGGGGCAGCCAGCAGGCAGUGAACCUGGUGCCUGUCUGUUUCAAAUCCCAGAUGGACUCUGGCCCUCACCUCCCCACCCAGGACACGUGGUGUGUAUGUUUGCUUUGGCCGAGAGUGGUUAUAUAGAGCUGCCUUUGGAGGCUGGUGAUGGAGGUCAGUCACACGUGGGCAAGUGUAGAUCUCCAGGUAUGGAACACAUCAGUGACCGUGGCUACCCCCUGGAACUGGUCCACCUUUAUAGUCUGAACUAUAAUCGCUUCGUGCUCUGAGCACCACUUCCUUCCUCCCAGCUCUCUCAGUGACCUUCACUGUACCUGCUCAACACUAUCCCAUCACCUUUCUUCUUUCUCCUGGUCUGUACUGUCUUAUCCUCCUUCUUAAAAGUCCAAUUACCUUGGAUUCCAUGACUCACCCCUUCAACCACUCUCCUGCCAGUGUUAUAAAUUUUGUCUCGCCUGUCUGUCCCAUUGGCCCAGCAUGGACAAAUCUACCAAUAAAGUAGAGAAUAGUGAUCAGUGAGACCCUGUAGGAUCACUAAAGAGAGAAGAUGCCAUUACAAUUUGGUUCAGGGCUUAUAGGGUACAAGAAGAUAUGUUGUAGAGAAAAUAAAUGUCACUAUAUGUUAGAGUCAAAUAAAAAAGGAUUUGGUAGUGCUUGAGUUAAAUAGGAAAUACCAGUGUGAAUUUGUGGUUUUCAAAAGAAAUAACUUUUUCAAACUUUGUCACUAAAGUAGCAUAGAAACAACAUCAGGAAAAAUCCGAUAUGCAUUCUUAGCACCUGGAUCUUUGCCUCAAAUAUUACUCACUUUUAAAAGGACUCAGGGUUUCUUGAAGAAUAGAGCCAUAAAUAACUCUAGGCAUGGAACAUGUUAUUGAAGACAAAAAGCAAGGAUACUUUUUUUAAAUGUACAGCUUAGAGGUGAGAAGGCAAAGGAACCAAUUUUAUAGGCUCCUAACUGACAUUCUGUGACAAUUUGAUAAUCAAAAGAAAAAUAGUACAGUUAAUUGGAACAGGGUGAAUUUUUAAAAUCCAUGACUCUUGUGAUUUUCAAAAAGGAAAAAGUCACUGUAAAAUAUGCAAAAAGGUAGUUAAUAUACUAUGUGAAGUAUGAAUAUAAUAGAAUAUUUUUAGUUAAUUUUGGUAAGUAAAAGAGUAUAAACAUAAUAUAGCAGAUAUUUUAUCUAUUCAUAAAAUACAUUUAUUUUUCUUUAUCUGCAUAAGUAGGGAAGGAUGGAUACAGAGAACUGUGAGUGAUUCCAGAAAAAAACUGGAACUUUACCAAGAAUGAAAGAGACUGAUUGGCACCAUCUGGUCAUACGUUACAACUAGGAAGAAAGUCCAACAGUGUGUUACAUGAUGAUGAAUUAGUCAAACAUCCAAAAGAUAACUGGCCACUGCUCAAACCUGAUCCAUCAUCUCUUAGAAAGAGAGCUUCUAUACUACCCUACUAAUUGUAAGGAGAUUACAGAGACAAUAAAAUGCAAAAUCAUAAUAGCUUGAACAAGAUAAUGGAUUAUUUCUGUCUCACAUAGAAGAAUCUGCAAAUAAAGGGUCAAGGGAUGGAUGGCAGUUUUAUGAUCAUCACAGCCCAGUUUCCUUUCUUGAUGUUCUACCAUCUUUAGCAUAUCAUCUCCUGACCCAAGAUGGCUCCUUGUGCUCCAACCAUUACAUCAGCCUUACAGCCCCCAGGAAGAAAGAAAGAAGAAAGGGCACACCCAUUUCCUUUUAAAGAAACUUUUUGAAAGGUGCACCCAACACUUCUUUUUCUUUUUUUCGAUUAUUUUUUUUGAAUGUAUAAUGAGGGAAGUCUAGGAUCACAGCAUGAUUGACUAAUAGAACUAUGACCAUAAACCAUGUAUCUUGUUUCCUAGUUAAGACUCUGCAUUCUCUCUUCCUCUCUGUCUCUUUCUUUUUUUUUUUCCCCUGGGAGUGGGGUGAGGUAAUUAUGUUUAUUUACUUACUUUUUUAGUGGAGGUACUAGGGGUUGAACCCAGGACCUCAUGCAUGCUAGGCAUGCAGUUUACCAAUGAGCUAUACCCUCCUCCCCACCCAACAUUUCUGAUUGCAUCUCACUGGCUAGCAUUUAGUCACAACCUGGCCACACCAGGCAAGGGAGAGAGGCUAGGAAACAGAGUCUUUAGUCCAGGCAGCCAUGCCUAGCUGAAAGUCAGGAGUUAUAUAAGAAGAAGAGGAGAUGGGAUAUUGGAGAAAGCAACAAUAUCAGGGCCACUGGGGAAGUUUUUUAUAAAUGCAAAUGAGCUAGGUAAAUUUAUACAAUAAUGGCAGUAAAGUUAUUGUAUUAGUUUUCUAUUGCUGUAAAACAAUUGCAACAAAGUUAGUGUCUUAACACAACUUUGACCUAUUUACUAUCUUACAGUUUCUGUGAGUCAGAAGUCCAGCACAGCAUGACUGGAUUCUCUGCUCGGGAUUUUAUUAGGUCAAGAGCCAGGUGUAAGCAGGGCUGCCUUCCUUACUGAAAUGGUGCAGUCCACUCCCAAGCACAUUCAGAAAUCAGUUCCUUGUGGUUGUAGGAUUGAGGUCCCUGACUAUCAGUCUUCGGGUUAACAAUGUCAGACCAAGUCCUUCUCACAGUUUGAGUCUCUGACCUACCCUUCUGCCAUGCCUCUGACUUGAGUGGAGAAAAUUCUCUGAUUUUAAGGACUAGUGUGAUUAGACUGGGCCACCCAGAUAAACCAGGAUAAUCUCUCUAUUUUAAGGCCCAUAACUUUAAUUACAUAUGAAAAUGUCCCUUUGGCAUUAAACACAACUUAUUCAGUGGUUCCAGGGAUUCAGGCAUGGAUAUCUUUGGGACAUCUGCAUAUCACAGUCAUUAAAUUUAAAGAUGACAUCAUUUAAAGAAAAAAACACCCGGUUACAGUAUGCUUAAUACAUGGAAAAGGUGUGGGCUUGAAAUUUCCCAAGAUAUGUAGGAUAAAUACUGUCUCAAAGUUCCAUCAUCUUAGAAGGUAAAAGCAGUGUCCAGGUCCCAACCAAGAAUUCACUGAUUAAACCCAAAACUUCAUCUGCACUGAGAUAAUACUCCUCUUUUGUAUAUCCAAAUUCAAAAAUUGUUCUGAACUGAGACAGUGUCCUCUUGGGUCUACAAACCCAUUUUUAUAAUGAGUUUAAGUGUAGGUGUAAUACAUUUUAUAAUCCUUGCAAGAUGUAUGUGCUUUACCAAAAUGUUUAUGCUUUUAGAGAAGCUGACAUAUUAUACUGGCGAUUCUACUGAAAUGUGUAGGGGUAUUUAAGUUUGCAACCAAUGUUUAAAUAAUUUGAUUUCUAAAAUGUGUAGAUUUUGACUUGUUGGUUAUAUAAAUGGUGUUUAAAUAUUUA